AUGACGAUUGGCCAGCGGACACUCCUCGAGGUCAUCGACGAAGUUGUUUCUACUAAUCCCGAACGAAUCUGGCUACGCUUUUUCGAAUCUUCUGAUGCAUUGCUCAAAGGCGAAUUACGAACCAUGACAUUUUUCGACCUUGAUGUCGCGAUCAAUGCUCUGUCCUGGUGGAUUCGUGAAAACCUCGGUGAUGCGACUGGUAAUCCAACCUUCUGUUACAUAGGACCUUCGGACAUAGCAUAUUAUCUACUUGCCUUCGCUGCGAGCAGGUGCGGCUGGAAGUUAGGUCGAGCCAUCAUUAUGAACUGCCCGGGACGUAACUCAUCUAAGGCUCAUGCUUCUGAAGGGAGACAUUUUAGCACGAUCGAAUCAAUUGCACAGGCGUGUGAAUGCAAAGAUGUCAAGGCCUUUCCUCAGCUAAGCGAACUCCUGAACUGGAGCCGGGCGGAGCGGUUCCCCUCGCCGACGAGGUCUUUCGAGGACGCUGCCGACGAUACAUUCGUCAUUCUGCAUACAUCAGGGAGUACUGGUUUUCCGAAACCUGUGGAAGUUUCGAAUUCCCUGCUCGCAACCGUUGACGCUCAGCAGAUUUUGCGAGAUGUUGACGGCCGGAGGGUAACAGCGCAUGCGUGGUCGAACAAGACCGCGUACUCGGCCCUGCCGCCAUUCCAUUCUGCCGCCUUCAAUUGGCUUGCAUUUUCAAUAUUUCAGAACACACAGUUACUCCUAGGACCCCCCGAUGCUCCUCCGUCAUUGUCCAUAUUGCAAAGGAUCCUUGAGCUACAGAUCUCGGAUCUGGGCAUGCUACUUCCAAGUCUUCUGAACGAUAUAGUUGCGGAUCCACAGCUUCUGCCGCUCCUGUCACGAUGGGAAGCUGCCGAAAUUGGAGAUGCCAUCUGCGAGCAUACCAAGAUCUUCCAGACUUUGGGCUCGACGGAGACUUUCAAUCUCCCAGAACUUGCAUGGCGCGACAAGCAGGAAUGGAAAUGGAACAGAUUCCACCCCGACCUGAAUCUCGAAUUUGUACAGCUCGACGAUGACACGUUCGAGCUGGUGUUUCGACGGGACCAGGGGAAGCUUAUACAUCAAGGAGCAUUCCGGACUUUCCCAAAUCUCGAGAGCUAUAGCAUGGGCGAUCUAUACAAACGCCAUCCUACUGAUCCCGAUCUAUGGAUGCACUGUGGUCGGAAGGACGAUAUCAUUGUCCUCGCAAACGGAGAAAAGCUGAAUCCGCGCCUCGCCGAGAAUGUCAUCGCACAACGUCCUGAGAUCAAAUCGGCGCUGAUAAUUGGUUCAGACAGAAGUCAAGUGGCCGUUCUCGCGGAGAUGCGACCAGACUCGAUACUUUCAACACUACCUGGAGACGACCAGUUGGCAGCUCUGCUCCCGGCGAUCAAGGCAGCAAAUGAAAUCAGUCCCGGCCACGCCCAUAUCGAUCCGCACUUUGUCCGCUGUGUUGAUGCAGACACGUUUCUGAGAUCACCCAAGGGAGAUAUCCAGAGGAAGAAAACCCUCAAGCAGAACUCCUCUAUAAUUGAAGAAAUCUAUCGAAAUGGCGAACAGGUGUCCUUGCACAUUGCGAAAUUGGAUUUUGAUGAUUUCUCCACGCUUACAAAAAGCAUAGAGGACCUCGUCACUGUUCAGUGCUUCCCAGGAGCUAGACUUGGCCAUGACCAGCAACUCUUUGAACUCGGUUUGGAUUCCCUAAAUGCGACACGUCUGGCUAGAGCGCUCAAAGCCGCCUUGGAGGAACACAAUCCUGGCUCGGCCUCCAAGAUGACAGUCAGAACCAUCUAUGAAUUUCCCACGAUUCAUGGCCUUGCCACAGCCAUCAUGCGAUUAAGCCAGGGCAGCGAUGAUCGAAAUUCGCUACCAACCAAAGAACAACGGGUAGGAGAAGUUCUGGAGAGAUACUACCAGGAGCUAGCACAAAUCCCGCAAAGCAGCACGAACAACAAGGCUGUUCCUACACAAGGAGCAACCAUCAUCCUCACAGGUUCUACAGGCUCGCUCGGAGACCGACAAAGCGAGACCCACAAGAUCCGUGGAUUGACCACGGAUUUCUCGAACGUCGACUUCCUGAAAAUCGACGUGAGCGCCAGUCACCUCGGUCUGAGCGUCGAGGCGUACCAAGACCUGCAGAACCGAGCCACACACGUUAUACACAAUGCAUGGCCUGUAAAUUUCAACAUGCCUCUCGCCGACUUCGAGUCCCAACUUGAUGGAUGUCUGAACCUCAUCCAGCUGAGUUGCGAGAGCACCCAUGAGGUCCCAGUCACUUUCCUCUCCAGCGUCGGUGCAGCGAACAAUUGGUCGACUUAUCACGAUUCACGCGUCCCGGAGUCGGCGAUUGAGGAUUUACGGACGAGCGAAGACAUGGGCUAUGCGGAGUCGAAACAUAUUGCGGAACUGCUGUUCGCACGGGCGUGUAGGACGCAUGGGAUCAGCGCGGAUAUUUGCAGGGUCGGUCAGAUCGCUGGACCGGUAAAGACGCCCGAGAAAGGCAUGUGGACUCCCAACGAAUGGUUCCCGAGCUUGCUGCUGUCUUCUCAGACGAUGAAUAAAAUUCCUCGCUCGCUCGGCGCUAUGAACAGAAUCGACUGGAUACCUGUGGACUCGCUUGCCGAUGCGAUCGUCGAGCUAGCGGUGCUUUCACAGUCUAGAAGGUCCUCCGUUUCGUCCCUCAGCAAGCUGCCCUUCAUAGGAUACCUGUUUGAGCAAGCCACAGACCCGCAAGAACUCCAACGUGCCUGUUUCAUACACCUCGUGAAUCAUCGCCAUUCAAAUUGGAGCGAUCUCCUGCCACAAGUGGUGUCCUCAUGGCGGCCUGACAUGAAUAUCAUUCCCUACAACGAAUGGCUCGGGGCACUUUCUCAGGAAGGGGAUCGCCGAGGAGGGAAGGGUGGCCAGGCCGGGGAUGGUAUAUCUAGCCUGCCAGCAGCGAAGCUAAUUGAUUUCUUUCGUGCUCUGGAUGCAUCGAAGGAUGACUUAGCGAAGCCUCCCCAGGCAGUGUUCAUCACAGAUAGAGCGAUGCAGCGGAGUCGGACAUUCAGAGACAUGAAGCCCAUCUCUGCGGAGUGGAUUUUGCUGUGGCUUCGACAACUUGGGUAUUCGACAUAG